AUGCAACAACUGUGCCACCCACUCGAAACACCAACAAAGGUUCCACUGCAAUCAUGGCCGCAACCAACCAAACCAUGGGAACGAAUUCAUAUUGAUUUCGCUGGGCCGGUUUUCGACCAAUAUUUCUUGGUAGUUGUCGAUGCGCAUUCAAAAUGGCCGGAAGUAAAGAUCGUACAAUCUCCAACCACACCAGCAGUUACUGAAUUCCUGGAUGAGCUGUUUUCACGAUUUGGAGAUCCAGAAACUGUAGUAUCAGACAACGCGCCGUAUCACCCACAAUCGAACGGCCAAGCAAAGAGGUUCGUCGAUACGCUGAAACGUUCGCUGAUGAAAAUUAAUGAGGGGGAGAAGAUUGCCAAGACGCUACAAGUAUUCCUUCAGACGUACCGUUCAACACCAAGCCGUACACUACAAGGAAAAUCGCCAACAGAACUGAUGCUGGGUCGGAAGAUGCGGACAAUCCUCAGCCUACUUAAACCCACACAACGCCAGCCAGCCACCGUGAACCAGAAACAGAAUGAGCAAUUCAACAGAAAACAUGGCACAGUUUCCCGUUCGUUUCAAACUGGAGACAAAGUCUAUGCCAAGGUAUACACUGCCAAUAAGUGGAUCUGGUCAGCAGGAGAAGUUAUCGAAGCUAUUGGUAACGUCAACUACAACGUGUUGCUGAAAGUUCAGCAUAAAAGGCGUAAGCUUAUUCGAUCGCAUGCAAACCAGCUCAAGCACCGUGAAGCAGAUGGCACUAGCAAACCAAUGGUAGCAUCAAAGUAA